AUGGCGCAAACUGGGCCGUCUUUAACUGAUCAUGAUCGCGCCCGAGAAGCGCUUCAAGGCGUCAUCGAUUUCACUGGGUCGCCUUUGGAUUCGCCCGCGCAAACGAGGUCAUCUUCGCCCCACCAUCGCCAUCAGUCAUCGCUUGAAGGCAUCAUCAAUUUCUCCACUGAGCCGCCUUUGGAUCCGGCCGCGCGCGAUCGAGCCAGACGCAAAUUUUACGACAUCGUCGACCAUUUUGACGGCCAAGCCGGAACCGUGAGGGCGGUUGGCGGAGGUGCUGGUAGCGGCGGCCAGACCAGUCCUCAAUACAACCGUGCUCAACUUAUCCGUCUGACAUACGACUACGCGUGCUCCCCUGUCUCACAGGACAACUUCCUACGAGCUUUCUUCCGCUCCUUAGAAUUGUCUAUGGACGACAGCGAAGAUGUCGCAAGCGAACUGAACCAAGAUGUCCGCUCCAGCUUUCUCGGUUUUGCGGAUUACUUGUUCGACAACUUCUUCCUCCCCAUCAAGGCCUCAACCCGAAAAACUCCUCAGCCGACUCCAGCGUUUCACUCCGCCAUCGUGAGACUACAAGGCGGAGGCGAGUUCGCGGGGACCCCAGAUCGCUUAUCGGCUCUGCGUGGUGCUUGCCUCAUACGCGACCGUCAUCGCUGUGUCGUGUCACGCAGCUUUGAUAAGGAGGAAGCGUCUCGCCGUUUCCGGAAGGGCACUAGCACCGCUCUAGACGACGAUGAUGCUCCGCUCGAACAUGAGUCGUUGCCGUUCCAUCACCUAGAAGUGGCCCACAUCCUUCCGCACUCUUUGACGAGACUCGGAAAGGGGAAGGAACUGGAUCCCGCGAAGCAGGCCGCACUGACGAUACUCAACAUGUUCGAUGACGGUGUUGCUCACCUAAUUGAAGGGGUCAACAUCGAUAGGCCGCAAAAUGCCCUAACGCUCACCCUCGAAAUACAUCGGUGGUUUGGCAACUUCGAUAUAUUCUUUGAGCCUGUACCCGAUGCGGAGCCACACACCUAUAGCGUUCAGUGCUUCGGCCUUCCUCUCCUCUUUAAUAGCGUGGUGCCUGUGACCCGCACCCUCUACCUCACCGCCGACCGUGCAGUCGAUCCUCCCUCCCCACGGUUGCUGGCUAUCCACCGUGCGAUUGGCCAUAUCCUACAUCUGUCCGGAGCAGGCGAGUACAUUGAUCAAAUCCUCAGAGACCUGGAAGAAACCCAAUGGGAGGGCGCACAGCCAGACGGCUCGACUGACCUAGGGCGGUUGGUGCAUCUUGGGUUCUGGCUGGAUAAUGGCAUUGACGCGUACUAA